GCCCUUCUUGCCAUUGAUUAUAUCUCACUCAACCAGCGCAAACUUAGAUUCUGCAUAGAUUUUUCUCCUUUAUUUUUCAUAGAACAACUUUUAGUUUGGCAAAAAACCUACUCAAAACAAUCAAUAUGGGCAGCCUCAAGCUCGAUCAUGAACUUGAAAAUGAUUCUCACAUGAUGGUUAACCCUCUAGACCCAGAGGAAUUCAGGAGGCAAGGCCACAUGUUGAUAGACUUCAUUGCUGAUUAUUACCAAAAUAUAGAGAGUUACAAAGUCCUAAGCCAAGUUGAGCCAGGUUACCUUAAAAAACUCUUGCCAGAAUCUGCCCCUUAUUAUCCUGAAUCAAUUGAAACCAUCCUCCAAGAUGUGCAAAAAUAUAUUAUACCUGGGAUCACACAUUGGCAGAGUCCUAAUUACUUUGCCUACUUCCCUUCAAGUGGUAGCACUGCAGGUUUUCUUGGUGAAAUUCUAAGCACCGGCUUUAAUGUAGUCGGAUUCAAUUGGAUGUCAUCACCAGCUGCAACUGAGCUAGAAUGUAUUGUCAUGGAUUGGCUUGGAGAAAUGCUUAUGCUACCAAAGUCUUUCCUUUUCAAAGGCAAUGGUGGAGGUGUAUUGCAAGGGACUACUUGUGAGGCCAUUUUGUGUACUCUAGCUGCAGCGAGGGAUCAGAUGCUGAACCAAUGUGGGAGUGAGAAGUUGGAAAAGUUGGUGGUCUAUGGGUCUGACCAAACACAUAGUGCACUGCAAAAGGCAGCUCAAAUUGCUGGAAUCCACACAAAGAACUUUCGAGCCAUCAAAACUACGAAGUCAAAUUCAUUUGGGUUAUGCCCAAACUCUCUAAGAGAUGCAGUUCAUGCAGAUGUUGAAGCUGGGCUAGUCCCAUUAUUUCUAUGUGCCACAGUUGGGACAACCUCAACAAAUGCUAUUGAUCCAAUAGGACCAUUGUGUGAAGUAGCAAAAGAUUUUAACAUAUGGGUUCAUGUUGAUGCUGCAUAUGCUGGAAGUGCUUGCAUUUGCCCAGAGUUUCGUCAUUUCAUUGAUGGGAUUGAGGGUGCAAACUCGUUUACUUUGAAUGCACAUAAAUGGUUCCUUACAACUCUAGAUUGUUGCUGCCUUUGGGUGAAGGAUCCAAGUGCCUUGAUAAAAUCUCUCUCAACUAAUCCAGAGUUUUUGAGAAACAAGGCCACAGAUUCAAAACUAGUGGUGGACUACAAAGACUGGCAAAUAACCUUGAGCCGAAGAUUCCGAGCCAUGAAACUUUGGCUUGUGCUAAGAAGCUAUGGCGUGGCUAACCUCAGAAACUUCCUGAGAAGCCAUGUCAAAAUGGCAAAGCUUUUUGAAGAACUUGUAAGAAACGAUAAUAGGUUUGAAGUUAUGGCCACUAGAAACUUUGCUUUGGUUUGCUUUAGGGUCUUGGCAUGGCCAAAUAAUAUCAGUGCGGCUAAUCAUGUGGAACCUGUAAAUGAGCUAAACAAGAAGCUGCUAGAGUCGAUCAAUGAGUCAGGGAAUGUGUACAUGUCUUCCACUGUGGUUGAUGGAGCAUACAUAAUACGGUGUGCUAUAGGUGCAACUCUGACGGAGGAAAGACAUGUGAUUAGGGCUUGGAAGGUUAUUCAAGAGCAUGCAGAUGCUUUACUCAGCAAAAACUAGUGUAAAGGUAUUGACACUAGUCACACUGAGUUUGCUUUUAGUUGCCAAUAAAAGUAAAAUAAGCGUGCAUGAGGUGGCAAUUUGAUGCCAGGCACAGUCCCUAGCUUAUCUUCUAUAUAUGUAAGAUGCUUUUAAUUUUAUUCUACAAUAUA